AUCUACGACUUGACUCAUGCGAAUGCUUAAAUUGAAUCAGCUGAUUUUUAUAUCCGGUUCGAUAUUCAAGAUUUCUUUUCCGGUUCAUCCAGACCAGCGUUCCAGUGUUUGGAAGACUGACUGUAAAGAUGGUAGAUGAAGCUGGUGACAGGGAUGAUUCCUCUAAUGUUGCCAUCAUCAAAGAAGUAUACGAUAAUGAAAAUGCACAUGAAACAUUUGAAUAUGAAUUAGAAAGAGCAUUAGAAUCUGAAUGCAGUUUAAUUGUUAUUGAACCAUCAAAAUUAGGUGAUGAAACCUCUAGAUGGAUAGCAGUAGGAAAUUGUCUUCAUAAGACUGCAACAUUGUGUGGUCUUGCUGCCAUAACUACAGGUUUGAUUUGGGGUGAUCAGCCCUAUAUUUGUGGUCCAUUAGGUUUUAUAUCAGUAAUAUCUUGUGGACUUUAUACUGUUUCUUGGCAAUUUGAUCCUUGUUGCCAAUAUCAAGUAGAGACUGACACAAGCAAGCUACCACAUGUAGAAUUGUUAGCUGUUUUAGGACCAUCAUCUCCAACAUUUCUUGUAAGGAAAGAUGAUACAAGAAGAAGAAUUCUACAUACAACUAUCACAUUGGUAGCUCUCAGCAUCAGUGCCUGGAGAGUUUAUCAAGCAUUUAAGUGAAAUGUUUUUCUGUCAAGAAAGUAAGAAUCUGAGUUGUAAAAAAAGAGUAAGGUAGGCCAUACGAUACAUUGAAAUGAUCGUAAUAAGGCCUAGCAUAAAAAUCGGUGAAUUAUAAUUUUAUGUAUAUUAGUGGGGAUUGUUGAGUCACGCAAACCUAUUUUUGUUUAAUGUUUAUAUUUCUUUUAUGUUUUGACACUACCUCACAGGUGAAUGCUGAUUUUACAAUAAAAGGAAAAUACAAAAAAAAAAAAAAAAAAAAUUAAAAAAAGUUUGUUCUAAGAACAGUUUCAAUCUAAAACAUGUUUCUUAUGACUCUACAUUGUUACUCUAUGAUCUCCAUCUUGUUAAUUAUAUCACAGUUAAUACUAAUGCAAAAAAGACAUGGUCAUUUUCACACAUCACCUAAGUGAUACAAAUACUGACAUAAGUGUUCUUAGAUUUAUGCAAAAUUACUACCAUACACCUGGAAAGUUGGAUUUAGAGAGAACUAUAUAUUUUUAGAUUGUAAAUAAAGUAGAUAGAAUACACUGCAUAUGAUGUAUUAAAGAGAAUGUUGCCUAGAUUUUCUCACCCAGUGAUGUAGCCCAUUAUAAGAAACAUACUAAUAAUUAUAAAUAACAUUUGCAAGAAUAUGUAUCACUUUAAUUUGUUUGGCAAAAAUCUUAAUCAGCAUAAUACACAGAACUUUCGUUGAUUAUAUAAGAUUCUUAUCAUGCUAUAUAUAGACAAAUGAGAUAUCAAAAAUAAACGUCAUAAACAUUCCUCUAAAUAAAUGAUAAUAACAAAUAUUGCAUAAUAUAAUGUGAGAAAAUUUUAAAGAAAUUUUAAGUAAAAUAGUAUAUUAAGAAAUUCUUGCAAUUACUUGUACAUAUAAAUAAAAUAUAGUAACAUCUACAAUUAUUAUUACAAUUAUAUAACAGAUAUAAUAUACAACUUGUUAUUUACGUCACACAUAAGAAAAUUUAUUACCUUAAAAAUAAAUAUUGUAUAUUUUUUUUUAAUAUAAAAAAUUAAAAUUUAUUUCAAUUUGCAUGUUUUCUAAUAUUUGUCUUUUAAGUUUAUUAUAGAUCUCGUAUACAAUAAAAAUAAUAUCGCGCGCACAUAUAAUAUAUAACAAUUUAAAAUAUUUUAUGUGGAAAUAAAAAAUUUAUUUUUGCAAGUUUUUCGUUAAUAAAUUUAAAAAAAAUUUAUCAAUUAUUCAAGUAAAAUUAUAUGUAUAUCAUUUAUAUUUUAUGCAUAAUAUAAACAAACACUCAAUUAUAUUCAGAUAAAAUAGUGUGUGUUUUGUAAUAUUUUUUUUUAAUUACAUUAACGUCAAUUAGUCUUUAUAAUAGUAAUAUAAAAAAUUAAAUUAAAAAAUUUACAGGAUAUAUUACUGACAAAUAAAAGCUUGAAUAAGUGUUGAUAAUCCUGCCAUGACAGCAAUGUUUGUAUCAAUCACUGUACAUUAUAUAUCAUAUUUUAAAUGUCUCAAUUAUUAGCCAAAUAUUUCUUAUACAACUGAUUAUACAGUUGUACAUAUACAAAAGGAUAUGCAAUAAAAUAUAUAUUAUAUGGAUAAUAAUUUGAUGGAUGGUAUGUUAAGUAAAUUCACUAUUCUGUGUCAUUUACAACUUAAAAAGUCUCUAUUUCUCUACAUUUAUCAAGCAUUUAUUUUUCUACUCAAAAUUUAUGCUAAUAUUUUUAUUUUAAAACUUUUAUUAUAUUUAUAAAAUUCAAUAAUUGACUUUUUAGGUUUUACAUGACACUUAACACAUAAUGUGCUUGUCUCAAUUCCAUUAAAACUUAUGUAGUAUUAAAAUGUAUAUAAUGUAAACAUAUUCCACUAUUGAGUGGCAUAAUAAUAAAAUAUAAUUUGGAUAUAA